GCCAGAGACUGCAGACAUUCUAUAGGAGAUGAUCAGAGACUGCAGAUAUACUGCAGAAGAUGGCCAGAGACUGCAGACAUACUGCAGAAGAUGGUCAGAGACUACAGACUCACUACAGGAGAUGGUCAGAGACUGCAGACAUACUACAGGAGAUGGUCAUGGACUGUAGACAUAGCACAGGUGAAGGUCAGAGACUGCAUUCAUACUCCAGGAGUUGGUCAGAGACUGUAGACACAUAGUAAAGGAGAGGGUCAGAGACUGCAGGCAUACUACAAGAGAUGGUCAGACACUGCAGAUGUGUAACAGGAGGUGGUCAGAGAUUACAGACAUACUACAUGAUUAGAGAUGAGCGAAUCGAACUUGGCGAAGU